CCAGCCCGCCCAGCCAUGGCCGAAGGAGGCGGCGAGGGGGAGGACGAUGUGCAGUUUCUGCGGACGGAUGAUGAGGUUGUCCUUCAAUGUUCCGCCGUAGUCUUCAACGAACAGCUGAAGUUAUGCCUGGCUACCGAAGGCUUUGGAAAUCGGCUCUGUUUCCUGGAACCUACCUCUAAUGCUCAGAAAGUCCCUCCGGAUCUGGCAAUAUGCUGCUUCAGUUUGGAACAAUCCUUGUCUGUACGAGCUCUUCAGGAAAUGCUGGCCAAUACUGUGGAAGCCGGGGUUGAGUCCUCACAAGGCGGUGGACAUCGGACUCUGCUGUAUGGACACGCUAUUCUUCUCCGGCAUUCCCACAGCGGCAUGUAUUUAAGCUGCCUGACCACCUCGCGUUCCUUGACGGAUAAACUCGCCUUCGACGUGGGUCUUCAAGAAGAUGCUUCAGACUCCAACCCAGGGGAAGCGUGUUGGUGGACCAUCCACCCUGCCUCGAAGCAGCGGUCGGAAGGGGAGAAGGUGCGCGUGGGGGACGACCUCAUCCUCGUCAGCGUCUCCUCCGAGCGGUAUCUGCACUUGUCCACCGCCAGUGGAGAACUUCAAGCUGAUGCAUCCUUCAUGCAAACGCUUUGGAACAUGAAUCCCAUCAGUUCUGGCUGCGAAGAAGGGUAUGUGACUGGCGGCCAUGUCAUGCGCCUCUUCCACGGCCACAUGGAUGAAUGCCUCACCAUCUCCACCACGGACCAGAAUGAAGAGCAGCGCAGGCUGGUCAACUAUGAAGGAGGUCCCGUUUGUUCCCAGGCCCGAUCACUCUGGCGCCUGGAGCCCCUGCGCAUCAGCUGGAGUGGCAGCCACAUGAAAUGGGGUCAACCCUUUCGUGUCCGUCAUGUCACCACGGGACGCUACUUGGCCCUGACUGAGGAGAAGGGGCUGGUGGUGGUGGACGCUGAGAAGGCCAACACCAAAGCAACAUCGUUCUGCUUCCGGGUCUCAAAGAUCGUCUUGCCUCCACACCUUGAGAAGAUCCGGGAGAAACUGGCAGAGAAUAUCCACGAAUUGUGGGCACUGACUCGCAUCGAGCAGGGAUGGAUUUACGGGCCGGUCCGGGAUGACAACAAACACCUGCACCCAUGUUUGUUGGAUUUCCACAGCCUUCCUGAGCCGGAGCGCAAUUACAACCUGCAGAUGUCAGGCGAGACCCUCAAGACCUUGCUUGCUCUGGGCUGCCAUGUGGGGAUGGCGGAUGAGAAAGCCGAAGAGAACCUCAAGAAAACCAAGCUGCCUAAAACGUACAUGAUGUCCAAUGGCUACAAACCGGCACCCUUGGAUCUCAACCACAUCAAGCUCACUCCAGCCCAAAAUACGUUGGUGGACAAACUGGCUGAGAACGGACACAAUGUCUGGGCACGGGAUCGGGUCCAACAGGGCUGGACGUACAGCGUUGUGCAGGACAUCAAAAACAAGCGCAACCCCCGUCUGGUGCCCUAUCACCUCCUCGAUGAGAGGACCAAGAAGACCAACCGGGACAGCUUGCGGGAAGCGGUGCGAACCCUCCUUGGCUACGGAUACAACAUUGAACCCCCAGAUCAGGAAGCCUCUCUAGAACUGACCAAGGGCCGGCUGGAAAAAGUCCGCAUUUUCCGCGCUGAGCAGUUCUACGCAGUAAAGACGGGCAAGUGGUAUUUUGAGUUCGAGGCCGUCACUACUGGCGAGAUGCGGGUUGGGUGGGCCCGGCCGAACGUGAGACCUGACGUGGAGCUGGGCGCUGACAACCUCUCCUAUGUCUUCAAUGGGCAUCGGGGUCAACGUUGGCACAUAGGGAGUGAGCCUUUUGGUCGCCCAUGGCAACCAGGAGAUGUGGUUGGAUGCAUGAUUGACCUGACGGAUAACCACAUCAUGUUUACACUGAAUGGGGAGAUGCUGAUCAGUGACUCGGGAUCAGAGCUGGCCUUCAAAGAAAUAGAGACCGAAGAUGGCUUCAUCCCAGUGUGCAGCUUGGGCCUCUCCCAAGUGGGACGACUCAACUUGGGUCAGGAUGUCAGCAGCCUUCGCUAUUUCACCAUCUGUGGUCUCCAAGAAGGUUACGAACCCUUUGCAAUCAACACGAAGCGGGAAGUCACCAUGUGGUUCAGCAAAAGCCUGCCUCAGUUUUCCCCCGUGCCCGAUGAGCACCCUCACUACGAGGUGUCACGGAUUGAUGGCACUGUGGACAACCCGCCAUGUCUAAAGCUGACGCACCGAACGUUCGGCUCCCAGAAUGCUAUUGUGGAACUCCUCUUCCUGCGUCUCAGUAUGCCAGUGGAGUUCCAUGAGAAGUUCAAGGUCCUCGCUGGUACCACUCCACUCACUCACGCGCUCACCAUCCCUGAAGAUGAAGUCAAGGAAGUUGACCUUGAUUCCGAGUUUGAGCAGUUGAAGAAAACCGCCAGCCGCAAGGAAGCUGAGGAAGCCGAGAAGGAGAAACAAGGCCCGGGUUCUCCAGCCGCUCACAAGGAGUCAUCCAAAGAGGCCCCCAAAGCAGAGAAUGAGAAGGAUUCCUCCAAUGAGAAAAGCAAAGCCAAAAGAGGCUUCUUGUUCAAAGCCAAGAAAGCCACUACCCUCAUUAGCCCUGCUCCUGUAGUCUCCACAGUACCUCGACUUGAAGAGGAAGUAGUUCCCGAUGACCGGGAUGAUACAGAGAUCAUCAUGAACACCACAACGUAUUACUACUCGGUCCGGAUAUUUGCAGGCCAAGAGCCCACUACUGUCUGGGUAGGUUGGGUGACCCCUGAUUACCACCAGCAUGAUAUGAACUUCGACCUCACGAAGGUGCGCAACGUCACAGUCACCAUGGGUGACGACAAGGGAAAUAUCCACGACAGCAUCAAGAGAAACAACUGCUACAUGGUGUGGGGAGGGGAUUUUGUCAGCAGCACCCAGCAGACCCGAGUUAGCACGGUGGAUCUGGUGAUCGGUUGCCUUGUGGAUUUGGCCACAGGGCUCAUGACUUUCACAGCCAAUGGGAAAGAAGUCAACACCUUCUUCCAGGUGGAGCCCAACACAAAACUGUUUCCCGCCGUUGUCGCUCUCCCAACAAACCAGAAUGUCAUGCAAUUUGAACUGGGCAAACUGAAGAAUAUUAUGCCAAUAUCAGCUGCCAUGUUCCGGAGCGAGCGGAAAAACCCGGAGCCCCAGUGCCCACCUCGCCUUGCCAUUCAAAUGCUGGCCCCCAUGACUUGGAGCCGUAUGCCCAAUGAGUUUCUACGGGUGGAUGUUGCUCGCUUUAGCGACCGUCAUGGCUGGAUAGUUGAAUGCCUGGAACCAAACAUAAUGAUGGCUCUCCACAUCCCAGAGGAAAACCGGUGUAUAGACAUUCUGGAAUUGUCCGAGCGCCAAGACCUGUUGACUUUCCAUUCCCAUAGUCUGAAGUUGUACUGUGCCGUGUGCGCUUUGGGCAACAACCGAGUGGCCCAUGCCUUGUGCAGCCACGUGGACGAGUCACAAUUGCUUUACGCCAUCGAGAGCAACCAUCUUCCAGGUCUGCUGCGUAGUGGCUACUACGACCUCCUUAUCGGCAUGCACCUGGAGUCGGCCAAGCGUUCCCGUCUCAUGAUGAACAGUGAGUUCAUUGUCCCCAUGACGGAUGAGACCAAGACCAUCACGCUGUUCCCGGAUGGCAUGAAGAAACCCGGGUUGCCCGGGGUGGGGAUGAGCACCUGCCUGCGCCCUCCGCUCCACUUCUCUGACACCUGCUUUGUCAGCACCAGCUCUGAGCUCUACCAGCUGAGUCCUUCCAUCCCGCUGGAUGUGCUGAAGGUGAAGGCCAUCAACAUGCUGACAGAGGCUGUCCAAGAUGGAGGGCAACAUACCCGUGACCCCGUCGGGGGUAGUGUGGAGUUCCAGUUUGUGCCCGUUCUGAAGUUGGUCUGCACCCUCCUCAUCAUGGGUGUGUUUGGGGACGAAGACGUGUGCCAUAUCCUCAAGAUGAUUGACCCCAACGUCUUUGGAGAAUCCAAAGAGGAGGAGGAAGAAGUUCCGGGGGAUGCUGAGAAGGGGGCAGGGGAAGGGGAAGGAGAAGACCAGGGCUAUGUGGAUGAGGAGGAGGAGGAGGAGGAAGCAGGAGAGGAAGAGGAGGAGGAGGAGAAAGAAGCUGGAGGGGAGCAGAAGGAAGAAGCCGAAGAAGGAGAAAAGCAAGAGCUGAAGGCCAUUGAGGCUGGAGAAGCUGAAGCCAGAGAAGACGAGGAAGGACUGGAAGAAGGCCUACUGCAAAUGAAGCUUCCGGAAUCAGUCAAGUUGCAGAUGUGCAACCUGUUACAGUUCUUCUGGGACCGCGAGCUGCAGCACCGCGUGGAAGCCAUCAUCGCUUUCUCGGAGCGCUAUAUGGACAGGCUGCAGACCAACCAACGGCAGCGUUACUCAACACUGAUGCAAGCCUUCACCAUGUCGGCUGCGGAGACUGCUCGACGCACUCGGGAAUUCCGGUCUCCUCCCCAGGAGCAGAUCAACAUGCUGCUACAAUUCAAGAAUGGAGCCGAUAUUGAGGAUUGCCCGGUACCUGAAGAGAUCCGGGAUGAAUUAUUGGAAUUUCAUACUGAUCUGCUAGCCCAUUGCGGAAUCCAAAGCGAGGGGGAGGAGGAACAGGAAGAGGAAGAUACUUCCUUCCACCGGCGGUUGAUGAAUUUGGUGGAGAAGGUGGUGAACCUUCGCAAGAAAAAAGAAGAAGGGCAAGAUGAGCAGCCUCCGGAAGAGGAACCAAAACCAAGCACAUUGCAAGAGCUGAUCUCCCACACGAUGGUCCAUUGGGCCCAGGAGUCCUUCGUCCAGAACCCAGAGCUAGUCCGGUUGAUGUUCAGCCUCCUCCAUCGGCAGUACGACGGCCUCGGUGAGCUUAUCCGUGCUAUGCCCAAGGCGUAUACCAUCAAUGCCAACUCGGUGGAGGAUACCAUGAGUCUGCUGGAGUGCCUGGGGCAGAUCCGCUCGCUGCUCAUCGUUCAGAUGGGGCUUGAAGAGGAGAACCUGAUGAUCCAGAGCAUUGG